AUUGGUAGUCAGCUAAAGUUUGUAAAAGUCCAGUUAUAUAAAAUCCAUUUCCUUGGAAAUGUCUGGGAAAGCAACUAAUAUGACCAGGAUGUGGAUAGAAGUUACCCUGAUUAUGAAGUUUGAUCGUUAAUCGUUAUUUUAUGGCUAUAAAUAAGACAAUUUGAUGUGGUUCGGUUUUGUUUUGUAGUAGCACCGUACAUUAUGAAUUUGACUAAAGCCGAAAGUUUAAAAAGAGACUUUCCUUUUAAACAAGCUACGUCAGUAUUUCACUAAUCAGACCACCGAGGCGAAAUAAAAUGACAGAUCUGUGGUAAUAUGAAAAUCCAUCCCUUUCUAAUGUUUCUCACUCCUGUAGCUAGUCUCUGAUCCCUUGAGCUGGCUUCGUCGAAAUAAUCGACAGAAAUGACUGGAUAAACUGCGUCGGAGGAUCUGAUACACAAGUGGCGUGGUUCAUGUUUGGGAAAACAAAGGUCAUUUAACGUCAUGCUGCGAUCAUCGGCUCUGCUACUGUAUCCGCCACUUAAUGACCCCUGGCCGGUGUCUCUCUCUCAAAAAACUUCUGAGCGGACUUUAGAUUUAAGUCGCGAGGCUUAUUUGAUUACCCGGCUGUAAAAAUGUGUCACUGUGCUUGUUUAUAUGGCACUAAAUAGUGAGAUAACAGCAUGUAUUAGGUGUUGUGAAAGUAUUGUUUUACUAUGCUUGGCAGCAGUGAGAGGUACGAUGGUGGAAACGUGAAGCAAGACGGAAUUUGUCCAGCAGUAGAGAUGCUGAAAGGGCAUUUCUGCUGUGGGUGAUUGUGGCUGAGAAAAUGCCUGAUGAUAGAAAUAUUCAUCGUUGGAUAUGGUUCUUCUUCUGAAACACAACAAGCUGUGAUUGGUGACUGCGUAUAUCUGUGGAGUAUACAUGUCUGUCUAUUCUCCUGUGUGAAUUCAGCCAUAGCAUUGAGAAAAAUAAGAGAAUAAACUAAACCAAACUUAAAUAAAGUAAGAGGAUACGCUAAACUGUAGUUCUGUGUCCUUCCUAGAACCGUGAUCCCAGUUGCAUUCUGCCACUCAAACGUUCUUACUGAUAUGUUUUUAUAAAGUGUGAGGUAUUGCCUUGCUGCCCAGCCCUUGUGUCACGUUGUAUAUCAAUUGCAGUUUGACGCUUUGUUCAAGAUGCACAUUAUAUCAUUUUUAAAGACAAUAAAACAAGCCAAACCUAUACCGAAAAAGCCAUUUGCUUUCCACGGAAACAAUCUUCAAGAACAUGCUUGGAACAAAAAUUGAAAGACCUUUUUUUUUUUUUUUUUUUUUUAUAAAAUUCCAGUCAGAUCAGUGUGUUGGUGAAAAGUGUGCUGAAUCAGACACAAAACCAGCAUGCUGUGUUGUCUGUGAUUUUCAUUUUCAAAACCCUUUUGAACCCCUUUAUUUGUGGAAGCGAUAGUUCUCUAAGCUUUCUGUGACCUGUUGUUGUUUUUCCAGUAUAGAUCCAGUGGUAGAUCACAGCUGUAGUGAAACGCGACUCUCCUGAUUGUUAGGACCGUGUCAACCCUCCUAUGCGCAGUGGAGGAAAACAUUCCUGGCUCUUGCCCAGAUAAAUUCAGAUUAUUACUUGCUGUAAGUACAAGCACCACCUCCAUGAAUAAUUUAGAUCAAAUUGAUUUUCUCAUAUUUCUUCUUGUUUGCUAAAAUGGUGAGUCCCAGUCUCAUUGUGGUCAGCUUCUAAAAGUGUUGUGCUUAAUGUACGACACGGGCUCGAGACUGCACAAUAAACUACUUCAUAUUGCAGUUAGGUUUUCAAUGGCAUGAGAUUGACUUUGACUUGAUAUUAGUUUACAUUAUCACAUUUUCUCCGACUCAUUUAAAGCUGCUUUUUUAAAAAAAACAAAACAGUUAUAAGUGAGUCAGUAUGUUUACAUGGACAACGAUAAUCCGAUAUUAACCCGAUUAAGAAACUAGCAUGUAAACAGCGAUUAUUGAUGACCUUAAUCCAAUUAAAGUCAUACUUGAAGUAAACACAAAUGGAAUUAAGACAUGUGGAGUAUUCCUGUUUUAGUCGCAUUAUCGAACUGCAUUACAGAAAUGUACACACCUUAAUCACACUAUUAACAUCGUGUAGGAGUUUUCACCGCAUUUUGCGACAGGACACGAUCACACACGGCAGUGCUCAACCGUUUGAUGGCAAACGAGUGAGGCUGCAUCCGAAACCGCGUAUUUACCUACUAUAGAGUAGGCGAAAUACAUGUAUUUCUAUAUAUUAUAUAGUAGUAAGUAACCGGUUUCGGACGCAGCCCACGGCUUCAAGCACAUGUCUCUUCGCAUGACAAAUAAUUAACUGUACUUGAAGCUUUCAUAAAAUGAAAAAUAAAAACACACAAAUCUGUAUACGGUACCAUAACGAAGACGAACUGUAUGUUUGGAGGGAACGUCGGACGGCGUGGAGUGGGGACGUAAUGACGUGUGAUGUUAAUCGAGCUAUGUUUUAUAGCAUGUAAAACCCGAACGUGAAAGGAAUAUUCUAAACGCGACUCAUGUAAACACCUUAAUCACAAUAUUGUCUUACUCAGAAUAAGGUCAGUAGUUAGAUUAUUGUUGUCCAUGUAAACGUAGUCAGUGUGGUAACAUGUAGGGUUUAAGGGUUUCAAGCGAACUGCUUUCUUAACUUUUUUUUUUUUACUUUACUUCCUUUCAUUUUGUCACCAUGGCCAACCUCGAUGAGCAUAGCACUUACCUUGCGUGCACUCUAGCGAGCGACAACGCGACAGGCAAGCGCUCAGGUUCUACGCACGUGUGCGUAAGAGCCGUGAUUUCAGCGAAAACGUGAUGAACGGUUUAACACGCACUGCUCUCAUCAGCAAAAGAAACCCAAGGAGGUAAAAAUCUGUCUGGAUGACAUUUUUAAGAUUUGUACCAAAAUACGUUUUGCAUUAGCACGUGUCUGUUUUCUCCUCCUGAUAUAUUUGUAUUUCCUGGAACGUGCACGUGCAAAACAGCAGAUGUACAUGAAUGCCUCCAUGUGCUAUAUAAUAACACAUUAGGUUCAAAUUUUGGUGUUAUUGGCCAGCACGUUGGCUGGGACGGUCACAAAGACUGGACAUAUUUUGUUAAUGGCUUCUCAGAUGCCAAGAGCAUUUCCCCCACAUGUAGAAAUGUAAAAACAGUAAUAUUAAUAAUAACGACCUCUCCGAUUGGUUUCACGACACCAGAAGCAGUCUUUCUCCUAUUUGAGAGCACCCAGCUAUUUUCUCUGAUAUUUGGCCAUGAGAGCUUGGUGUCAGCUAUAACAAUGUGCAGCUUUAUUUGGUGCGGUCCUCCCACAUACAGCAGUGAGUCAUAGACGCCGGUGAUUCUGGCUCAUAUUUAGCAGGAAGCACUGCUCAGAUAUUGAUGAGGGAGAAUCCACAGUAUUACGUCUUAACGCCGUUUGCACCUAACAAACUCGAUCAUUUACUCAAGUUAAGCAUAAGCUAUAUAAGCACUUAUUUAUUUAUUUUUUAAGGCCAAACCAAGCAAGAAAAAAUCCCCCAAGGUUUUGGUAAAGCUGAUUUUCUUCUUACUGACAUGUCGAUAAAUGCCACGUAACCGUGAAGUUCCGGAGACGCACACUGACUCUUGGUCAUUUUAAACGGCCGGCGUUUUUAGUCAUGAUUUGAACUUGAAAUAAAUAAGCUGUUUAAACCAUAUAAUCUGUAUCUAGAAUUACAGUGUGUCGUGCCAGUUAUAUGAUUUAUACGUAUCAAUCAAUUCACAUUGGUGAGCUUUUGUAGCACGUUUUCUUUUUUUUUUCUUCUUCUCCAAACUAACAUGGUUUUCAUGAAUACUGUUCCUGUGUAUAUGCUCCUGCAAGUAGAUUUAUGUAGAAUUGCAUUUGCUUCGUAAUUGGGUCACUGCCGCUCUAAACUCUUGAUUGAUCUUACUGUAACAUGCAUAUGCAAAUGGAGACGUACAUUAUUCGUGCACAUUCUCUUCAUGCUUAUUUUCUUAUGGUUUGGUUUACAGCAGAAGCAGAAUAGCGCUCUUUUUUUUUUUUGCUUCAGAGAUUGGAAGUGCUAUUUAUAGAUACCUACUGGAGCACCAAGUGUGUGGUGCUGCUGCAUCUCCCUCCUUCUCUCUGUCACGCUCACCUCCAAGCUUUCCCACUUUCCUCCCAUAUUUACCAUGCUGUUCUCACCUCUCAGAACUUCAUAUCAUUUGAUCGAGUUCCUGUCUGUAUUUCUAUUUUGGGUCUUCUCCUUUUGUCUUCUGCAUCCUGGUCUAUUUUAUUUAUUAUUAUUUUUAUUUUUUACUUUGCUGUCGUUUUCUGAUGCUUCCAUGCUCUCGUUCUAUGCUGUUGUCUCUUUCUUUCCGCCAUGCUCCAUUCUUCUGUUCUGCACCUCGCAGUCUAUCGCUUUCUUUCUCUCUCGCUCCUUUUUUUUUUUUUUUUUCCUCGGGAUUGUUGAAUGUUAAUUAUUGAUGGUUGCUGGAGGGUGGGGAUUGCUGUUAUAUAUCAAGUAAGGAGCCUGGUUUCUGAUUGGACAUACAAGCCUUUUCACACAUCUAAAAAUAAAGGUGGCCAAACUCAGACAAGAUUGUCUAUGUAACUUUAGGAUCAUUUGGGGGUGGGGGAUGCGUUUUGCAGAUGAAUAUGACUGAGAGAUGUAGAGACAAGCUUAUUGAAACACGAACACGCACAGCUCCAGUUCUGUUUAAUCUCCACUAAACAGUGGUGCAGUGUUAAUGUGCUACUGCAGUUGGCACGACUGGAACGGACUGUUCUUGUUCCCUAAAUGAACGUGAAGCUUUCCAAACAAAGCAGCUUACUUUGGAAAUACUUACACUCAAAUUAUAGUAGAGAGAUGUACCGUAUUAGCUUUCACAGUAGCUGCAAUAUCUCUACCAACGUUUCAGACUUAAUAAUAAUAGUUGCUAAUAGUGGAAUUAAAUUUGUGUCAAAAAUAUUGAAUGUCACUUUUCAAAAAAGUAACAAAAAUAUACAAUGAGAGAAGAAAAACAGUCUGAAACUGAAAACGGUGAACUCAGUAACGUGGUCUUUAAAUAAUAAGAGAGUGUUCUUUGUUAACAGUUUUCUAAGCUUUGUUUUCGCUCCUCAAGUUUACGUUCGCCAUUCUGGCACAAAUCUCUUGUGUGGGCGGGGCUUAACAGUGAUUUACUCUGAUUGGCUGGUGAGAUUUGGAUCGAUAGCUCCCUGACCAAGAAGAAGAGACUUCAGUGUUGUGAAUUUUGGAGAGCGUUCUGGAUGCGGUUCUCUGUAUAGUUAUAGUGUUUGUAUUUUGUAGUGGAGAUUACUUACUUAUUUAGUCAGUAUAGUAGUUUGUAAUGAAUAUUUGAGGUUUGGGUAGUCUCAUGCGACUAUUUUUUUUUUUUUUAGAUGAGCCUCCAGGAGAAGCACGGAGCGUCGUCAUCAUCAUUAUCCUCCUCGUCCUCCUCAGCUAGGCACUCAAAAUGUCAAGCCAAAUCUCACUAGCCAGUCAGACAGGAGGGGUUUAUGUGACUGUGCUUGGAGAACUGCAAGAUGCAGGAGCACUGAGGACACACAAUCUCACCAUGGCGUGUCCCCCAUCCCCUUCCCCUGUUUAAGAGCACCAUCUGUCCAACAUUUUGUCUCUGGGGCUUCAGAGUGGAGCCCCACACACCAACACACUACAGUUUCAGUCUUCUGUGUUCUUGCGUGCAGAAGGUGUGUGUGUGUGAGAGAGAGAGUUGGGUUCUAGCCUCUCUGCUGAAGGAAGAUGUCUUUGGUAUUGCCCCUGGAUGGGGUGAGAGAGGGGGAGAGCGUGCUGGUUACUGAAACUCCUGCUGCCAGCCGCUGUAAAGGAACCUCUAUCACACUGAGCAAAGACAACAACGCUGAGAACAACUGUGCAGAGCCCGAUGACAACCUCGCACAAGACACACAGAAACGCUGUCAAAACCAUGGCCAUAGCAGGAAAAGAGCCAAGUCCAAUGCCAAGCUGAAGCUGGUGAGGAGUCUAGCAGUGUGCGAGGAGUCCUCAGGCAUGUUUUCUACCGAUGGACCUGCCGAGAGCCAGGAUAUUAUUCAGCUCCACAUCAGCUGUCCGUCAGACAAAGAGGAAGAGAAGUCUUCUAAAGAUGAGUAUGAGAGCGAGGAAAGGGAGAAGGACAAAACUCCACACAAGAUGCUCUCACGUGACUCCAGUCAGGAGUACACCGACUCCACAGGCAUCGACGUGCAUGAAUUCUUGGUGAACACACUGAAAAACAACCCCAGGGACAGAAUGAUGCUGCUGAAGCUGGAACAAGAUAUACUGGAGUUUAUCAAUGAUGAUAACAAUCAGUAUAAGAAGUUCCCCCAGAUGACCUCAUACCAUCGCAUGCUGCUACAUCGAGUAGCAGCUUACUUUGGCAUGGACCACAACGUCGACCAAACCGGCAAAGCGGUCAUCAUCAAUAAGACGUGCAACACCCGCAUCCCUGAGCAAAGGUUUUCUGAGCACAUUAAAGAUGACCGAACCAUGGAUUUCCAGAAGAAGUUUAUCUUGAAGAGGGAUGAUGCAAGCAUGGACAAAGAUGACAACCAGAUUCGUGUUCCUUUGCAGGACGGCCGUCGUAGUAAGUCCAUCGAGGAGAGAGAGGAGGAAUAUCAGCGUGUCCGAGAUCGAAUCUUUGCUCGGGAAUCUUCUCAAAACGGAUACCUCAACGACAACAGACUUUCCACUGAAGGCUACUCCUCUUCCUCCCAAAGGAGGAGGCAGAUCUUUAGGGGGAACAAAGAGUGCUCGAGCCGGCCAUCGAGCAGUCGUCAAAGCAGCACUGACAGCGACAUGAAGAGUUUGGAGCCACGGCCAUGGAGCAGCACGGACUCGGACAGCUCAAACCGCACACUCCGGCCUCCCGUUACCAAGGCCAGCAGCUUCAGUGGCAUCUCCAUCCUCACACGCGGAGAUAGUCUGGGUAGCAAAGGCUCACAGGGCAGUGCCAGGGGCUCACGCACAGGUCUUCCUCUUGUAACCACAGAGGCUUGUACCCAGCCGCCUCAGCAGAGCCGCACUCUUCUGCCCUGCCCUUCCAGCUGCCCCUCCAAUGUUCCUCAGAGCCAGGCUCCUCCACCGCCUCCACAAACGGCUCUGCUGCCCACCCCUACUCACACUCUCACACACUCUCACCCGCAGCACCCCAUCGGCAGCCACAGCCAUAAUCACAUGCUGCCACAGCCGGUGGCAUCUCUUCAGCCCACUCCGCAGCCUGUAUCAUAUUCCAGCACCUCCUGCCCUCAGGUCAUCCUGCCUGUUUCUCCUUCUCAGCAGUAUAACUUGGCUGAUGAGUUGACUCCAGGUUUUGGACAGAUGUCUUUGAGCCGUCAGGGCUCCAGUGAGGCUCCAGAGCCACCAGGACUCUACCAGCCUCCACCUGCCGUGUUAUCCCAGCAUCCUCCGCCACAGCCAGGCUACAUCAUUGCCCCACCUCCGUCCAGCUACCAGCCACCCACAGCCCAUCCGCACCCCCCUCCACCAGCUCCACCCCCGGCUCAGCCAGUACUGCAGACAGCUCCUCCCGCACAGGGCUACAUGCAGCCCCCUCCACCACCUCAGCAGAUCCAGGUGCAGUAUUAUUCUGCUGGUGGACAGUAUCCAAGUUCAGGACAACAGUACAGGUCCAUGUCUCACCAAGUGUCAUACCCUGCUCAGCGCUCUCAGCCCAUGCCACCGCCAGCACAGCCCUCUGCUCCUCUCCAGCCCAUCAUGGCCAGUCAGCAGCCAGCAUACCAGGGAAUGAUGGGAGUUCAACAGCCGCAGAGUGCCAGUAUCAUGAAUUCUCAACGUCCAGGAAUGAGUGGACAGAUACAAGGCAUGGUGGUACAGUACACACCUAUGCCCUCCUAUCAGGUGCCCGUAGCUAAUGAAACCCAGCCUGUGGUGCAGCAGCAGUACCAGCAGCCUGUCAUGGUGCCCGUUAGCCAGUCUGUACAGGGCGCAAUGCCACCCGCCCCACCCAUGCCUGUCUAUUACAGCGUCCUUACGCCGGCACAACAGAACAGCACAAGUCCAUCUGUGGGCUACCUGCAGCCUCCCAGUUCAGAUCAGUACCAGAUGACUCAGUCCCCUUCCCCCUGCAGUCCUCAGCAGAUACAGCAGCAGUAUUCAGGAGUGCCACCUCCUGGUCCAAGUGUUAUGGUGAUGCAGUUGAGUGUUCCGAAUGGGCCACAGCCUACCCAGAAUCCUCCCAUGGUGCAAUGGAAUCCCUGCAAGUAUUACAGUGUGGAGCAGAGACCCAGCAAACCUGAGCCACAGGUCAGCACUCAGUUGAGUAGUCCACUAGCAUCUCCUACUCAGUCACCCACUCCCACUCCAUCGAGCAGUGGAAACAAUGUGUGUCCUGGGCUCGGCCCACUGCCUCUCAUUUCCCAGUUUCCGCGGCCUGGUGGACCCGCACAAGGGGAUGGCCGCUAUUCGUUACUGGGGCAGCCUCUGCAGUACAGCUUGUGUCCUCCAACCAUCAUGCACAACCAUAGCCAAUCCUCAUACAGCUCCCACCAGAGCUCAGGAGUGAUAAAGCAUGGAGCCCGAGGAAAGAAACAGACACUGAAAUCUGCCUCUACAGAUCUAGGCACUACUGACGUGGUGGUGAGUCGUGUGCUGGAGGUUACAGACCUGCCUGAGGGCAUCUCUCGCCCAGAGGCCGAGAAGCUCUUCAACCAGCUCUCGAUGUGCGGGGCCAAGAUCCAGUGGCUGAAGGAGCCGCAGGUAUCCCGGGGAACUGGCAGUACCCCAGCGCAUGGAGCUGGAGGGGGUGGGUCAGUAGGGACGGGUGACCGCCACGACCCAGCACACCUCUACACCGUGGUGGCAGUGUUCCCCAACACCAUGGCUGCACAGAGCGCUUCCUUUAAGCUCAACAACAGCGGAGGGAGCCUGUUCAAACUGCGUGCUGCCAAAAAGAACUAUGAUCUGCGCGUACUAGAGAGAGCUAGCUCACAGUGAGGAAAGAGAGAGAGAGAGGGAGAGUAGUGGGGUGAAAGAACGGAGAGAAGAAAGAGAUCAUACUGAUUUUUCGAGUCUCUUUUUUUUUUAUUGUAUCAUUACGCAAAGAGGACAUAACACACGUAAGCAUGUGUACCUCUGUUGUACCUUUGUAUAUAUAAUUCCUUAUGUACACACAGACGCGCACACACUUACACACACGGCCAUGCACUGGACAGAGGGUGUUGGACAGGCUCCUCCCCAUCUUUUUCUGUCUCUCUUUUCAUCCUGUCUUGUCCUUCUCUCCCUCUCUCUGGCUCAUAUUUCCUCUAUCACACUCUUUUUCUGGCGACGCUCUCGCCCCCACCCCCUGCAUUUCUCUGCACUUUCAAGACGGCUUUCUCUCUUUCUUUCUCUCUCUUGCUUUCCGUUUGCCUUAAUGCUGUUGUGGACUUCCGUAUUGCGCUGUUCUUUCUCAUAUUCUCUCUCUCUCUCUCUCUCUCUCUCUCUAUCUUUCUCUCUCUCACAGAUGAAAUAUUGUUCCUCUUUUGUUCGAUAUAUUUAUAUAAGUGAUGUAAGGAUUAUAAGAAAUCUAUAUAUUCAGUGAUUUUUUUUUUUUUUUUUCCUCCCUCCCCUGGUGGAUAAGUUAAAGUUCCUUUACAACCUGUCCCCAUCCAUGUCUUUCCUCCCUGUUCCUAACCCCCACCCCCUCGUCCCUUCCUCCAUAAUCAUUGUGUUUUGCAUCUUUUUUUGUGACAGCUGUGCAGAAAGUUAUGAGGUAUUUAAGUGCACAAAGAUUGCAAAUGUCUACUGUAAAUUCCAUUUAUUCUGUUCUUUUGUUUGUUUUUAAAAAUAUAAAAGAAGACAAAAAAAAAGAAAUCCCUUUCUGUGUGUUUUUGAACGAAGAGGAGUUUGUAGAGAAAGAGCAGCGAGAGAUGCAAGUGUAUAAUGAUUUAUAACAACAUUGGACAUCAUAUUACUGAUGAUUGUUAUUUGAAAUACGGAGAAACCCCCUCAAAUUAAAGAAUUAAAUUGAGUACAUGAGUCA